AUCCUCCCACCCACGAAUUUCCCAGAGAGGCUUCCUCAGGGAGGUCUUUCUCUCCCUCCACUCGCAGCAGCGGGACUCUGCUCUCAGUGUCUCGCGACUUCAUGGCCCAUUCCAGACGAUAAAGCCAGUCUGGAGCCUGCCAUGGGCCUCAGGACCACCAAACAGGUGAAGAGAGGCGCACAGCAAGAGCCUGGCCACCGAGAGGGUCGCAUGGCGGAGGAGCCCGUGGAGGACACGGACCCCAGCACUCUGCCCUUCAACGUGUCAGACAAAUACCCUAUUCAAGACACGGGACUCCCGAAAGUUGAAGAGUGUGAUCCAAGCCCUUUGGACUGCCCUACAAACCCGGAUGUGCAACAUCAGGGAGAAGAAAAUGGCUUUGCAGACAGCACUGGAGACCCCCUGGCAGAUGUGAGCGAGGUCAAGUCCUGCCGGGACAACUGCACUUGCUCCUCGUGCUCGCCCCGGGCCGCCACCAUCAGUGACUUGCUCAAUGACCAGGACUUACUCGAUGUGAUCAGGAUAAAGCUGGACCCGUGUCACCCGACGGUCAAGAACUGGAGGAAUUUUGCCAGCAAAUGGGGCAUGCCCUAUGACGAGCUGUGCUUCCUGGAGCAGAGGCCCCAGAGCCCCACCGUGGAGUUCCUGCUCCGGAACAGCCAGAGGACGGUGGGCCAGCUGAUGGAGCUCUGCAGGCUCUACCGCCGGGUGGACGUGGAGACCGUCCUGCGCAGGUGGCUGGAUGAGGAGUGGCCCAAGAGGGGGUGUGGGGACCACCCCAGACACUGCUAGACCUCUGCUCCUUCUCCCUGGCCUCUUUGGAACGUUCAAACAACCCAGGUCAGGGAGCAGCGGGAAUCCGUUCUUUCUCAAGAACUGAGGAUAAGCACGUGGAACGGAGGUUCUCCUGACGCUGGUGGUUGUGGGGAAGGGUGCAUUAUGUUUUGGUGGCGGAUUUUUGCUUGUUUAGUUUUGCACAUGUUUUAAUUUAAUAUUUGAAUCUGGAAUUGGCAGAAACGUUUCACAGGCUCCUCUAGGGACCCGGGCCCGGGCCCGCAGUCAGAACAGAUCCGUGCCACGAUGAAAGUUCCCCCCACGUGCUGCUGAGGUCGAAGCAGGAACUCAGACGGUGAUGGCCCCACAUGGCCCUCGCCCACGGGCUCCUUCUCGGCCAGUGGCCGCCGCUCCGAGGCCGCGGCACAGACAGGGCCCUUGUGGGGUCUGCUUGUGACUGGUUUGUUUUAACGUACUUGGUGAAUGAACAGGACACUGGUAUUACGUGGUGAUACCUUUCAGAACACCUGCGCCCUCCUUUUAUUCCAAUGCUUUCAUAGUCUGUGCGCUGUCAAAAAUGUCAUUUGCUCAAGUAUUUUUGAAAGAGAUACCAAAAAUCAGUGGUUACUGGGAGGGAGGAGUCAGGAAUUAGUAGGUGAAAGGGCCGUGGGACUGGGGUUGGCAAAGAGGGUGCAGCGUGCCCCUUGGUCACCCACAGCCUUUAAAAAUUAGCUUGGAAUGGACUUUGACAUCUUCUGCAUGAGGCUGGCCGUCUCGCCCACCCGAGAGGGAGCUCUGUUAACAAAGAAACACAAAUCACCUGGCCCGCAGGUGAGCUGCCCCUUCCAGCACUUACUGUCUCAGCUGAAAGCCGCUUACUUAGCCAGCAAGGGGUGGGGGGAUCUUUAAUGGUCAUGCUGGAGGGGAGGAUAAGCGUUAAAAUCCAAAUUUUAAACCAAAUGAAAUAUUGGGUCCAAAGAUCUAAAGUUCUUACGUGAUGCUUAAGGGGGAAGGGAAUCAUGGCAGACGGAAGUGUUUGUUAUUGGACAGACCAGAUUUUCUAGGAUUUGAUGGGGGCAGGGAUGUGGGGAAUUGCAAAGCCUUGGUGUGCUUGACAAUUUCAUGAAAGUGCUACUUGGAUUUGGCUGUGGGUUAGAAAAUUAAGGCACUCUGUUCAAUUGGGGAGAUUCCGUAUGUCUGCUUAAAAUAAGCAAAAGUGAUGGGUUAAUGUUGAUUAGAGCAGUACAAGAAAGGUUAGUGUUAGCUCAAAAGAAAACAACCAGUGUUUUUUGGACUGAUGGUUACCGUGGUUUUUGUUAGGUUGCUGUGAUGUAAAGUCAGCCUCACCAUCAAAUGUAAACUCCAAAGUAGCAAAUCUGCUAUUGCCUCUCACUCAGAGACUCAUGCCUCUGAUUCAGCUCACCCGCCUUUGUCAGAGUUAUCAGAUCAAUGUCAGGAUUAUUGCAAGAUGCAUGCAGAGUGACAGCCAGUAGUAAAAUGUAGAGAGUUUAAAAAUAUAUAUUUUUAAAUAUUUUUGCAAAUUGAAGUCCAGUGAGGUGACGGUUAAAUAUUUAUCAUCAGCCAUGUCCUGGGCCCUGGGGAGACAGACUUCCGAGGGGCUCUGGUCUCCUAGGAAGUAGACUUCCCAUGCCAUGUCCUCAUGAGGCGACAUGUGACACAUUUGUGCAUGUUAGUCCAAAACUUACUGUGGGUAAACAUAGAUGAGCUUUCAGUGUUCAUGAUCAACAUUUGAGGGAAUUGGAACUAAAAAGGCUGUGAUUAUUUAGUGCCACAUGGUACUGGACCCUGGCUGUCCGAUGGUCAUUGCUCAGUGUGUCCUGACACCCCCUUGGGAUGUAAAGAGUGGCCAGCCUGACAAGUGUCCUGCUAACUGCUGCCUGGCCCGGUGCCACUAGAAAGUCCCUUCUGUCCCCAGGCCACUGGGAAACUCCCUCCACUCCUUCCUUUCAUAGUUCCCUCCCCCAUCACCACUGGGGGGAACUUGUCGCCCCCACUGCAGGGCAGCCUGCGGGGCCCAUGGCCGGCUGAGGCAGUGGGGGAACCCCUCUCUGCUCCCGUCCUCACCCUGCUUCUUCCUCCUCCCACUUGGGACCCUGACGUCCCCUACACAGAGAAUAGGAGGGCAGGUGGUACCUCCAGCCCACCCAGCCAUCACUCCCACAGAGGGGGGUGGAAAGGGUUCUGCACAUCCGGAGGCUCCCUCCACGUCCACUGACAAAGGGCAACCCGAGGGAGGAGGGGGCGGAAGUGACACUCCCAACACCUCCCUGCCCUCCCCCUGCUGCCGGGCCAGC